CAAGAGGGUCAGCGCGGCGCGGCGGCGGUGCUCGCUGGAGGUCGGGAGCGGCUCGGAGCCAUCCUCUGCCGGCUUUUUUUCCCCCCGACUCUUCCCCUCCUGCCAGCCAUGUCCCUGAGGAGCAGCGUGUCGCGUCUCCUCCGGACGCAGGUGCACUGGGUGCUGAAGAAAUCCGUGCACUCCGUGGCUGUGAUAGGCGCUCCCUUCUCCCAGGGGCAGAAAAGGAAAGGAGUGGAAAAUGGUCCAGCUGCAGUUAGAGAAGCUGGCUUGCUGAAGAGGCUCUCCAAUUUGGGCUGUCACAUAAAAGACUUCGGAGAUUUGAGUUUUACUCCCGUCCCCAAAGAUGACCUCUACAACAAUCGAGUAGUGAAUCCCCGCUCAGUGGGCCUUGCCAACCAGGAACUGACUGAGGUGGUUAGUGGAGCUGUGUCAAGUGGCUACAGCUGUGUCACCGUGGGAGGCGACCACAGCCUGGCAAUUGGUACAAUUAGCGGUCACGCCCGGCACUGCCCAGACCUCUGUGUCAUCUGGGUUGAUGCUCAUGCCGACAUCAAUACACCCCUGACCACUUUAACAGGAAAUCUCCAUGGACAGCCAGUUUCAUUUCUCCUCAGAGAACUACAAGACAAGGUACCCCAACUCCCAGGAUUUUCCUGGAUCAAACCAUGUAUCUCUUCCCCAAACAUUGUGUACAUUGGCCUAAGAGAUGUGGACCCUGCUGAACAUUUUAUUUUAAAGAACUACGACAUCCAGUAUUUUUCCAUGAGAGACAUUGAUCAACUUGGCAUACAGAAGGUUAUGGAACAGACAUUUGAUCUGCUGAUUGGCAAAAGACAAAGGCCUAUCCACCUGAGUUUUGAUAUUGAUGCGUUUGACCCUACUCUCGCUCCAGCCACAGGAACCCCUGUUGUUGGGGGAUUGACCUAUCGAGAAGGCAUGUAUAUUACUGAAGAAAUACAUAAUACAGGGCUGCUGUCGGCACUGGACCUUGUUGAAGUCAAUCCUCAGCUGGCCACUUCAGAGGAAGAAGCGAAGGCCACAGCCAGCCUCGCAGUGGAUGUGAUUGCUUCAAGUUUUGGUCAGACAAGAGAAGGAGGACAUAUUGUCUAUGACCAGCUUCCUACCCCAAGUUCACCAGAUGAGUCAGAAAAUGAAGAACGUGUGAGAAUUUAGGAAAUACUGUGCACUGGCACCUUCUACAGUGGGCAUUCCAGAGUUGCAAAGCAUUUUAGGAGACAGAUAUUAAAUGGCUGUCUGGGUCAAUACUGCCUUAAUGAGAACAUAGGUGCAUUCUCACAAUUGCAAACUUCUGUUCUCCAUUAUGGUAACCAAUACUACUACUGUAAAUGCAUUUUUUUUUUUUUUUU